GAGUGUAAAGGCUGAGAAAUUUUCUUUUGCACAGCAAAAUAUAGUGGCCAGAAUUUAGUCAAGAAGGAGAACAUAAUCGUCACUUUGAUUUGUAUCAGACGAAAUGUCUAUCACAACAGACCUCAUUCGUGAAAAACUGAUUAAGGAGAUUGGAGCGGUACAUGUGGAAGUAGAGGAUACAUCCCCUAACAGAUGCGCUGCUAGCUUCAAGGUUCUUAUAGUGUCACCGCAGUUUGAGGGAAAACCGCUGUUGCAACGACACAGGAUGGUGAAUAACUGUCUGGCAGAGGAGCUGAAAGAGAUCCACGCUUUUGAGCAGAAGACGCUAACGCCAGAGCAGUGGGAAAAACAGAAAUCACAAUAGCAAAGACAUUCUUUCUCUCUCUCUCUCUCUCUCUCUCUCACACACACACACACACACAAACACACACAUACACUCACUCACUCUUAUACAUCUUUAUGCAUUGAAACCAAGUGAUAGAAUGUCUCCAUUACACCCAUCUACUGACUUCUCUAUGAGAAUAUGAAGCUGUAGUUGAAAAUCCACUGAUCUAAUCGCUGACUGCAUUCUGUCCCUGUUAUAAACCUUGAAAGAUAAACUAAUAAAUGCAAACUGGGUCUCAUGGAA